GAUAAAGAGUGUAGAUAUAAUAAAUACAUCACUGUGGGCCCAUGUAACUUUGAUCUCCUUUGAACCGUUCGUACAACUUGGAGCUCGAGGAGCGUCAGUGCUCAUCUUCGAGCGACACGUACCUACAGCAGCUAUAUGGCUGGUGUGCAGUACACCAGCCAAUCCGCUUCCAUCUAACCAACCCAAUUUCGAGAACAUGGCCAAUCUAUGGUGGGUCCCGCUACUUGGACGGUUCGGAUUCGAACCGUAAUUAUUCCUGGAGUUUUUUCAAAAAAAAAAUGUCAAAAAUCAACAGCAUCCUGUCUCUCUUGCAAGGUUGCAACGGCAUGAAAAGGCUUCAUAAAAUCCACGCUCAAAUUCUCGUUAACGGUUAUCGACACGACCCUUCUAUCUCCCUAAAGCUCCUUAGUUUCUGUGCAGUUUCUAUAUCCGGAAACCUCAGAUAUGCUCGCCUUCUGUUCGAUCAAAUGCCGAACCUACAAACCCCAGCUUGGAAUUCUAUCAUCAGAGGCUACUCUCAAAGCCAUUUCCCUCUAGAAGCCAUCUUCCUCUACAAUAGAAUGAUUGAAGAGGGACAAUCUUCCCCGGAUACCUUCACUUUCUCGUUCCUACUCAAGGCCUGUGAGAGAGCGACGGCCGAGAAGAAAUGCAGAGAGGUUCAUGGAUCGAUUAUCCGAACUGGGUUUGCGUCGGAUGUCAUGGUAUCCACGAAUCUCAUGAGGUGUUAUGGUGGGAAUGAGGGAAUUGAAAUGGCAAGGAGGGUGUUCGACGAAAUGAGUGCGAGAGACUUGGUGGCCUGGAAUGCGAUGAUUUCUUGUUAUUCUCAAGCGGGAUUGCAUGAUGAUGCACUGAAGAUUUAUGAUGAGAUGAAAAUUUUGGAUUUGGGUUUGGAUGAAUUCACUGUCGUCGGACUGCUUUCAUCUUGUGCCCAUGUGGGGGCCUUGAAUUUUGGUCUGAGAAUGCAUAGAUUUGCUGAUCAAAAUGGAUUCUUGGACAAUGUGUUUGUGGGUAAUGCUCUUAUUGAUAUGUAUGCAAAGUGCGGCAGCUUGGAUGGGGCUCGCCAGGUUUUUGACAGGAUGCGGAGGCGAGAUGUGCUUACAUGGAAUUCGAUCAUAGUUGGAUUGGGAGUUAACGGUCAUGGUGAUGAGGCAACAUCGUAUUUCAGGAGGAUGCUGGCAGUUGGAUUGAGGCCAAAUUCCGUCACAUUUCUUGGGUUGCUAUGUGGGUGCAGUCACCAAGGCCUUAUCGAGGAAGGUGCCGAGUAUUUUCGCAUGAUGAGCUCUGAAUUCAAUCUGAAGCCCGGAAUUAAGCAUUAUGGGUGCAUGGUGGACUUGUUUGGACGUGCCGGCAAACUUGAGAGUGCGCUUGAAAUGAUUAGGAACUCGCCUUCUGGUGAAGAUCCUGUCCUAUGGCGGACCUUGCUAAGUGCCUGUAAGAUCCAUCAAAACGUGGAAAUGGGUGAAGCUGCUAUGACGAAUCUUGUUCGGAUCAAGGCUAGUAAUGCAGGGGACUGCAUUCUUCUCUGUAGAAUGUAUGCUGAAGCGGGGAACUGGCAAGGUGUAGUAAGGAUGAGAAAAUUGAUUAAGGAUCAAGGAAUCAAGACCACACCUGGUUGGAGCUGGAUCGAGGUCAAGGGCAGCAUUCGUAGAUUUGUCGUGGGUGAUAAGUCACACAAUGAUUACGAAGAAAUUCACCAGAAGUUGAAGGAGAUGAUCCAUCGAGCAGCUUUGGUGGGUUACGUGGAAGAGAAAUUUGCAAUGACAGUGCCGGAAUCCCUUGAGCAAUGGUCAGAAGACUCAGAUCAUUAUCAUAGCGAGAAGCUGGCGAUUGCCUUUGGAUUGGCUAAAACUCCAGAGGGCAUGACUCUUCGAGUCGUGAAGAAUUUGAGGGUGUGUAAAGAUUGCCAUUCGUUGACGAAAUUCAUCUCAAAGGCUUUCAGUCGAGAGAUAAUUGUGAGGGAUCGGGUUCGCUUCCAUCACUUCAAAGACGGGUUUUGUUCGUGCAAUGAUUAUUGGUGAAAUUAGGAUAGUAUCUCUUUGCUUACAGAAUCAUUGACAUUGAGAAUGGAGUUUGGCAGGUAGACGAAAUCCAUCUCAAGGGCUUUCACUGACGAGCUAUAGACUUCACAAGACCAUCAAGAUUGCAGAGAGCGUAAUCAGAUGAGUCUUCUACUCAAGGUUUCAUUCCCGCUCCAUGUUUCUUCCAUUAACUAAGGUUUCGACUUCUUAGAACAUCACCCAAAUCUCUCUUUCCUGCUAAGAGUGCUUGGGUGAUCGACAGAAUGAAAUGCACCACUUUCCUUCUUUUUAACUGUGAGGGAAGAUGCGAACAAAAGAUCUCUUUAAUUCACGAGGCAUGUUUGAUGAUACCAAACUUUCAUCCUUUGGAUAGAAAAUUCGUCACAAUCUUUGGAGGAUGUUUGUUCCUAACUAAUAAGAUUUGAGAUUGGUUUUGGUGAUAGAUUCUGGUUCUGAGGGGAUCUUUGGGUGGGUUAUGUUACGUUUGCAGUUUCUAGGAUUUUUUUGGAAAGGAAGUUUGUCCGAAGGCUGGUUUACAAAUGUUCUGUGGUUGUCUGGUGUGGAGUUUGAUCUUCAAGAAGAGCUUGAGGGAUUUCAAACAUUUCUGCCUUUGGAGAAUCUCGUCGUCAAGCUGUUCAACGAGUUUUACCUCCUUAGAAACAAGGAGAAUCUACGCAUUUCUUACGCGGCGGAGCGAACUCUUCUAUUGUGUUGCAUUUUCUCUGGCGGCGUAGCAGCACCCCCUCAUGGGAAGUUUUCGGCAUAAGAGUUCCAUAAAGGUUUUCAGCCUAGUAAGCCCAGCAAUCAUCAGUUCUUCGAUGUGUGGGGUCCUGUGCCCUCAAGUUGAAGCUUUCUGUUGGACACCAGUUGCGAACAAGAUUAUCAUGUUGGGUUCACUUGCAAUGGAGGAAUUUCUUGUUGGGGUCCCUCCUCAUGUGGAGGUGGGACCCACAUGGGUGGGCCUAAGUAGCCUUUUAUUUCCAAGUGUGUGGGGGUAUUUUGGUCUUUUGGCCAAGCAAGUAAAAUGAGAGAAAAGAUGCCUGUUGCUAAGAGAGUUCUAGCAACAUUUGUGGUCUUUCUUUCUUGGAGAAAGAGAGGAAAAAUAAGAAAAGAGAAGGGGUUUUGUAGGAGAGAAAGAACAAGAGCAUUCUACCACUGAAAUCUUCGCAUCCAGGUUCAUAAAAGUCCAUCCACAAUGCUGGUUUCUUCGAUUGUCUUCUCAAAGGGUUUUGUUGGGAGUUUUCUACUAACCCUAGUUGGUGAAAGAUUUGUUUCCUUCAUUAUUGCAUGUAAUCCACCUUUGGGUGAUAUGGUUUCGGUAUCUAAGAAAUGUCUCUUGAUGAUUGUGCUUCCAUUAUUUCUAUUGUAGUGAAUUUGUGCUGGACUAGGUCCCGUUGUUUUUUCCUUCACAUCAGAGGAUUUUCCACAUAAAAAAUUUUAGUGUCCCUUGCA